CCAAACUACAACCACACCCCCCUCCCCUCCGACCUCAUCCGUCCUCCACCUCCCAUCUACCAUCCCCCCCACCCACAUAUCGAAAAAGUUCAGUGACUAGGAGAGAGCAGGCAAACAUGUCUGUCUCUGUGGCGUCCAAGAAUCCCUACGAUGCUCUCGGCAACGACCUCCCUGAGGACGAGCUGCCCAGCAAGGCCCCCAGGCAGGUAGUCAAGAAUGUGACGACCUCCAAGAAGCGGGACGAGAAGCCUGCUCCUGAGGCCGCUGCCGCCCCCGCUGGUGGUAACGCCCGUGGUGGUCGUCGUGGUGGUCGUGGAGGCUUCACCGGCAACGAUGCGGCUUUCCGUGACAGCGAUGCUGGUCGCGAUAGAAACCGUACCAAGACCGCUGACGGCGCCGCUGACGCUUUCAACUCCCGCGGUGGUGCCCCACGUCGUGGUGGUGCCCGCCGUGGCCGUGAAUUCGACCGUCACAGUGGAACUGGAAGGGACGAGCACGAGAAGCAGGCUGAGCACGGCUGGGGCGCCAACAAGGGUGAGAGCGAAUGGAACGACGAGCUCGCCGGACAGGAGCUCGCCCAGAAGGACGCCGCCGGUGCCGACCCCGCCGACCCUAACGCCGUCACCGCCGAUGCCGAUGCCGAGGCUGCCGCCGCCGCCGAGGAGGAGGAGAAGACAAAGACCUACGACGAGUACCUUGCCGAGCUCGCCGCGCGCCAGGCCAACCUCGGCCCCCCCGCCGCCGUUCGCCGCCCGAACGAGGGAACCCGCGAGGACAAGAAGUGGGCCACCGCCAAGCCCCUCGAGAAGGAGGCUGGAGAGGACUACUUCGCCGGAGACGCCAAGGACAAGACCCGCACGAGGGAACGCAAGACCAAGAACCUCCUCGACAUCGAGCCCCGAUUCGUCGAACCUAAUCAGCAGCGCCGUGGCGGAGGAGGAGAGCGUGGACGUGGCGGACGUGGACGGGGUGACCGAGGCCGUGGCGACGGUGCCCCACGAGGCAACCGUGGCGACCGUGGUGGCGACCGCAACGACCGCGGCCCUCCCCGCAAUGCCUACCAGGGUGGCAGGCCCGCCGGCGGCAACGUCAACGUCCAGGACGAGUCCGCAUUCCCUGCCCUCGGUGCCUAGAGGGGAACCGGCCCAACCGCCCCCCUACCCACUUCUCGAUACAAGAAAACAGACUUCAGCAGAGAGUGUUUUUUGCUAAACAGGACCAUCAUUACAUUCUUUUUGCUGUUGUCACUUUCUUGUUC